UCGCGGCGGUGGCGACGCGCUCCGGAGGUAGCCGCUUUGCAGCCCCAAGGAACCGUCGCCGGCGCUGCCUGGCCGCCUCACUUGCUGAGCAGACGGCAGAAAGCAACCCGGAGGAGGAGCGCCGCAUGGAUCGCGGGUCCUUCCCCGCAGGGGCCAAGUGAACUGAGCGCCCCCGGUGCCCGAGGCUUCCCGCCUCCCCUUCUUGCAAGAGAGGCUCUCUCUCUCUCUCUUUUUUUUCCCCUUGCAAAAUUUUCCGGAGGCAGGUUGCACACCCCGCCGCGCGGGCCUUGGAUUGGUAAAAGAAAUACUCUGUUUUCGCAAUGCUGCGAUCCUGGUGGCUCGUCGGGCUUUGCAUAGCUUACACCUCUGGAAAGAAGCUGUGGGAUGUCCCCGUAUCUCCUGAGGAACUGGCCAACCUUGGAAAACUACGGUGGGAGCCCCAGUGCCAGUACCAAUUGCGCCACCUUCAGGAUGGUGCCAGAAUUUCAGCUCUUUUGCCUCCCCGGUUGGAAGGUCACUGGAUUUCAACAGGGUGUGAGGUACGUCCAGGACCCGAAUUCCUCACUCGUUCAUAUAUAUUCUAUGCCAAUCGCCUCUUCAAAGCGUAUCAGUUCUACUACCGAGACCCUUCCUGCCGGGACCCCACCUACUCCCUAGUCAUCAAAGGCAAAGUCCGGCUCCGCCAGGCCUCCUGGAUCACCCGUGGCGCUACAGAAGCUGAUUACCACCUUCACAAAGUUGGCAUUGUCUUUCACAGCCAGAGGGCCAUGCAGGAAACAGUUGCCCGUAUCAACCAGACGUCGGGAGAGCAGUGCAACGGAUUCUUGCCACCUGGGCGGACGUGGACGUCUGGUGCUCUCUACGAGCUUCUGAGUGCCAAAGCAGAGCGAGAUUGCACAGCUGGCCUCGGCUUUGCCAUGCACGAACUUAGCCUGGUACGGGUGGAGAAGUAUGAACAGCCCUUGCUGCUCCAGAAAAACCAGGGCAGCAGGGAAGUGGAGGAGCUGUACCUGGGGGACAUUCACACGCAGUGGUCCGAGAGGCUCCAUUAUCGGCCAACAGGAUACCAGCGCCCCCUGCAGAAUGCGGUGCAUCAUAUCCAUCCUUGCCCUGCCUGUGGGAUUAUAUACAGAGCAGACGAACAUCACCCGCCCAUACUGCCCGUCAGGCCUGAGCUCCCGAUGCUGCUGAGCGGGCGCUGGGUGAGUUCUCGGUGUGAGGUACGGCCAGCAGUCCUUUUCCUUACGAGGUACUUCACCUUCCAUGGCAGCAACCGCAGCUGGGAAGGGUAUUAUUAUCACUAUUCUGACCCUCUCUGCAAACAACCAACUUUCACUGUGUAUGCCUCGGGCCACUACAAUCUGGGAGGGCCGUCCCUUGUUGUGAGAGGAGGCACGGAGCUCGUUUUUAAGGUGACUCAAGCUCGGGUGACACCGAUGGAUCAGGCAACCUUGGCGAUGCUAAACUCCUCUGACUUUGGAAGCUGUGGGGAGCCUGGCUCUUGGAGGCUCGGGAAAGAGCUGGACGUGACUCACACAAACGGAUGCGCAGCCCUGGGCAUCAGGCUCCCCCACACAGAGUACGAACUCUUCAAAAUUGAGCAGGAUGCAAAAGACCGUAGCUUGCUGUUCAUUGGUGAGAGGCCUACGGAUGGAUCUAGCCCCAACACGCCCAGCAAGCGGCCCACCUCUUACCAGUCGCCUCUCAUCCAGUGUGCUGGGCCCUCAGGUACCUUCUUGAGACACAUUAAGCCAAACUACCUGGGGAAAUUAGAGGACUACCUUAACAGCGCAGCACUAAAGCCCCGAUCCAGGGCAUUUUUGCUAGCAGUUCUGGCCCCGCUGCUCAUCAGGUGGGACUAAAACUCUUGAUAUUUUUGUUCAGGGGUUGCACAGAAGCUUUGAGCAUCCUCUUCAUCUGGAAUCGGUUCCAUUUUGUGCCUUACAGAUAUAUGCAGUUUUGAGUUCUUAAUGAUGAGCCCAUGCGCAAAGGGGUGGAGGUUUCUCCCCUUAUUACCCACGCAUAUGUGCCUUUGUAUGGACAUGCAACUCUGAACCAGCAUUCAUGGUUCCUUAACCAGUUUUUAAAUAGAUGACUUUUGUAAACGCUCAUGCACCUUGCCUGUUCCUUCAGUGCUAAGAUAGACCUGGGAACAUUUUUUCCUGCCCUAGUCCAAAAGAGAGAGAGAGAGAGAGAGAGAGAAAGAUCAAGGAACAGUUCUGCUUUCACAACAUAAUUUACCUUUUGGAGUUUAUUCUGAUCUCAGAGAAGCACAUUAGUUACCCAGUUAUACACAUAACCAAUAAGGGUACUGUUGGAAGUGGAGCCGUUAUCUGUUGGUGUCUAGCUUCCAUAACGUACCAUGUAUGGGAAUACUCAUAUAGGAAAUCCUUAUAAUGGGGGAACUUGGCUGAAAAAGAAAAAUCUUUCUCUUCCAGCUCCAUUUGGUAAGCGCCCAGCUGUUGUUUAUGGAAAACAUUCAUUCAUUCUAAUCUGUUUGUGUGGUCCCUGGGGGCUUGUGAGUGUGUUGGACUUCACAGAUCUUGGUCUGCAUCAAGAAGGCAGAACACGGGUUUUAGAAACCGAAAACACAGUAGGUUGGUGCUGUGGUAGGAAUAUUUCCGAUUCUCCAUACUGUGGUUCAGAGAAUUGGGAAAACGCCAGGCGCUCUCACAUGUGUCCCCCCUUUGGCAAAAAAAUAGUUUGCUGUUAUAGCCUUACUAACGAACGUAUGGUUUGCCUGCAUGCCAGAAGUGAAAAAGGAGUUGUGCAUGGGGGUGAGGAGACAACAAUGUGCAGGCCCAGUGUUCAGAUACAAACUACCAAAUUAUGAAAGCCAAAACAAUGUGUGAUCUUCCCCCAAGGUUGUCUAGACCUCCAGGGACUUUGGACAGCUUUUUGGCUGCUUUACAAUGAUGAGAAUGCCCACUUUCAUUGGAAAAGGAGCAAGAUUUCUAUUUUUUUUAAAUAGAAGUUUUUAUUAAAAUAGUAUUCCAAGUUAAUUUUAAAAAAUCACAGAAACGAAGACAGAAAAGAUUAAAAAUGAAAGAAAAAAGACAAGAAUUAGAGAUAAGUAUCAAUUUUCUCUGUGAAGAGAUUUAUACAUACUACAAAUUAUAACCUAACUUCACAUUUAUCUUUGCCAUCAAUAACAUACCUUAACCCCAAAUUAGUCCUAAGUGGCUAGAUCUUCCUUCCCUUUAAAACAUACUUCUUCAGCUCUUAAUCUUCAAACGCACAAACCAUCAGUUCAUUUUUCUCUGUUUCUCUGCAAAAAGCCAAUAAGGGGCAUCCAGGUAUAAAUAUAUCCAGAUUUCUAUUCUUCAAUAAUAUUUUAAAAGGUAGUAGAAAAUCUGCAAAAAGAUAAGAAUAUUCACCACCACCCCAUUUUGGUUUGUUCAUGCUUGCUUUUUUAACCAGGCCCACAUUUGCCACGACUCACCAAGUACAAUGCAUUUCAGUAGCUGUCUGGCAGCUAGGUGGGAGCUCUGUAGCCCCCUGGGUGAAAAGGGGCUGGCCAGUCACCAUUCACAGAUGAUGGGUGAUGGAUGGGUCCAGGGCUUUUUUUCUGGGAAAAGAGGUGGUGGAACUCAGUGGGUUGCCCUCGGAGAAAAUGGUCACAUGGCUGGUGGCCCCGCCCCCUGAUCUCCAGACAGAGGGGAGUGAGUUUAGAUUCCCCUCCGCGCCACUGGCAAGCAGAGGGGAUCAGGGGGCGGGGCCACCAGCCAUGUGACCAUUUUCAAGAGGUUCCAGAACUCCGUUCCACUGAGUUCCAGCUGAAAAAAAGCCCUGGAUGGGUCCCAAAUGAUCUAUCACCCUAUGCUUCAGUCUUUCUUCAGUCAUCAUCAGGGGCAUGGGUUGGGUAUGGAGUUCCCCUCCCAGUCUUGUGUAUAGCAAUCACAUAGAAGUUGUGAGUUCUCCAAUCGCAUACAGUGCCUAAUUUGGAUCAUACCUGCAGUGUGAGUGGAGAAAGCGCUUCAUCUUUCCUCCUCACCCCAUUUUUCUGACCUGACAUUAUCCACAUGUGUAUGUACUACCUGGCCUGUUGGGCAAGCCUACAAGAAUCCAUAUGGGUUUCCUCAGCUAGCCAAAUUGUGCAUCAACUGUCUUCUGUUUGAAAACCUUCAUUCCAACGAGGAAAGGAGCCACCUAUUGGUCAGCGGGGAAAAUGUACAGAUAAGCAUCAUUUUUACGGCAUGCAGCUCUCCACUUCGCUGUGGCCAACCCAUCCUUUAUGUGUCUGCCGGCAUCGUUCGUCUCUUACAGAGUUAAUAAAACAUCCAAUUGCAUUAACUCUGAAACAUUCCGCUUCUGGCAAGAAGGAAAAGAUGCCAUGUUCGUGUUGUUCCUUGUUGUCUCAUCAUAGUUUCCAAGACAAUUUGGCAGCUGCUUUUCAGAGCUGGGAGUUGCAGGUUAAUAGAAGCUGUCGCAUUUCAUGAAUUGUCUUGGAAAAGGAGAGGUCGCUCGGAGGGGUCAGACAUUAUAAAAAAAAUGGUUAGCUGGUGAUAAUCCACUGACUCAUGACAGUAUGUAGAAAAUGACCAUCUAAAAACUGUGGCUUGCUCUUGCUAUAACGGAAGGCAGGAAAAGAUUUUGGGAGGGAUCUCAAAAUGCCAACAGUUUCCUGCUCACAGAGGAAUUUGAAAAAGAAAUCAGCUAUGCAGUGGACAUAGUAUAUACCCAAGGCUGUGGCUAAUGUGUCGAUAAUUGCAGGGUGUUGUAGAAGGUGCUGGUGGGGAACUGUGCUUUAAGAAUAGGAUCAGAUGUACUGCUUAUCCUAAUGUACAAUUUUUUAAAAACAAAAAUGUAUAACAGCAUGUUAGCCUUUUUCCUACACAGGAAAUUUUUUAACAAUAUAAACAGCUGGUCAUCA